UGUACACAUAUGAAGCUCAACCGCUGAAUAUGGCAGCCUUCUGUCUCUGCGUCCUGCUGCUCUGGGCAGGAAUCCUUGUUGUGACAAACUCCACCAUGACGACCGCUGAGCCUCCACAGUGUUCUUACACCGUCACAAACAACAACAAGUUGGGCUUGCAGAUUGAAAUAAACCCCCCUGGUAACUACACACUGACUGUUUUUGAAGAAGGACGACCACAGACUGGAAAGAAAAUCCAAACUGAUCACUUAAAGCAAAUCCCAGUGGGGAAAACUGGACACCUGAAGCCGUGCACUGAUUACAGUCUUAGUGUUUCAUUUAUUAAUGAUGCUGGAAAUGAAAUAUUCUGUCACUCUACGGAAAAUAAAUUUAGAACAGAUCCAAUGAGUAAAGGAGACGUUAAAGAAACCAGCUGCAUCCCUGGAUAUGUUUGUUAUGGAAGUGACUGGGACAUCAGCUCUUCAAUAUCAACACCAAAUAAACAUUUAGUUAAACAGUGUAGAAAUGACAGUCAAACAGUCUGUGUCAGACCUGCUAACGAGGACAUUUGCUCAGAUUUGAACGUAACCUUUACUUCAGGAAGCUGUGUGAAUUCUUCCUUUAGCUUCACCAAAAGCAUCAGUGUUGAUUUCUUAAAUCCCAGUGAAAUACAGCAGAUUGAACCCACUGGACUUCCUGCAGAAAUAACCACAACAUUACCAAAGUGUAAAAACCUCUCAGUUAGUUACACCUGUUCAGAAAAACACAACCCUGAUGUUGUGAAACUGUCUGAGCUGGAGCCGUUCACAGACUACAACUGUACUGGUCUGAUCUUACAGAACAACACCAGCAUAAAUAAGACGACUCCAUCUGUCCAAGUCAGGGUUGUUUGUGAUCUUACAAUAACCUACACAAAGAAUGAUUCAACCAGUACUUCCAUUGAGUUCAGCUGGACAACAACCAGUAAGAACUGUCAACAGGAGCUUCCCAACUUUCAUAAGCUUUCUUAUGACUGCAGUUGUCAGAAACACAGUCCAAAACCAGCCACAAGUCCUGAUGGAGGAACGUGUGUUGUUACUGGAUUAAAUCCAUACACUGAUUAUAAAUGUAGAGUCGGAGCCAAAUACAACGAGAUUCAAGUUUCCACUGGGGUGAAGUUGAUGUGAAAACUGAGGUUGGAACACCUGCUGCAGUCACUCAGCUGAAAUUACAUGUUCACGAUCAUAAUACGAUCAAAGUGAGCUGGCACAGACCCUCUACAUUCAACGGACCUGAGGAAAAAUACAUAAUACAACUAAAAACAGCUGAUGAUAAGGAAGUGAGAAAGAAGGGGACGCAGAGUUGUACAAAAUGUGAAGUUGAAUUCAAAGAUCUGAGCUACUCUACGACCUACAAAGUGAAGGUGACGGCUCACAACGGACACUAUGAGAGUGACCCUGAAAUAAACCAAAUCAGCACUUUCUACAACGACAAAGCUGUUAUUGGGUUUCUGGUCUUCCUCAUCAUCCUCACGUCUGUGGCUCUGCUUCUUGUCAUCUAUAAGAUCUACAUUUUAAAACGCAGAAAGUCCACAAA